CCCUCCUCCUACCCGGCGCCGCCAUAGCCGAAGGAUCCACCCUUCCUCACGCCAGGAAGUUCCAAUACGAUCUUCUUGGACAUCGGCUGUUUGCUUAGAGAGAAAUAGGGUGGAUUGCGUGGGGGUUGCCGCGCGUCUUGUUCCGUCACCGACGGUGUAAAGGUGAAAGUGUCACAUGGGAACGUCCAGAAAGUCAUUUUUGGUUGGGGGGCCGGUUCUUAUGUCGAUUGUAUUUUUCGCAGUCGUUACGCUGACAGGUCCAGUGGUCCCACCGACAGCGGUGUACGCAGAUUUUGAAUUCAGCGUUCUCCCGGUGGGCGUCCGCGAUCGGUUUUGCGAGCAUCGCCGUCGGCCUCGUGAACAUCCCCAUCUCCCCGUGUCAUGUGGGUGUCUUGCAGACGGGAUAAAAGUUGCUUUUCGGGGUUCUCCAGUCCAUCGCCGCCUCUGGGGUUGUGGCCCGCGCGUCUUCUUGUCGCCUGCACCGCCGUUGCCGUUUGGGAGGCCUUCUUGCGGGCAAUUCUCUUUUUAUUCAGAAUCAGAAGAAGGAGGUGUUUUUGGUUUCCAUAUACUCGUCAGACGGUGUGUGAUACCGUGUGGGUUGUGGGCAGUGUGCUCCCGGAGGAGACGCAACAAGCGAUCUUCCGUUGUGUCGAAAAACUGCUCAGAACGUUCCCCCCUGGCAUCCUCCGUGCGAAAAGGGGGGCUUUUAAGGUAUCCUUCUACGCUCUGGGGUCGUCUGGUUCUGCGCCGACGGCUGGCUUCUAAGCCUUCUAUUAUGCUCCUGAACCUGUGACUUCGCAAGUUGGAACGCGACCGUGGAAUGUGACCUCAUCCGAUUGCGGUGUAGGCGUAACAAAGUCAGCCCUGCACAACUAUGGCGUCGAAAGGGAGGUCA